AUGUCGGUAAUAGCGGCGAUUGAUAGCAUCUUUUCCUUUGGGGAGGUGAAUCGGCGGUUGUGGCGCCUGCCGACUAGUACGUUACUGGAGGGUAGCGUUGAUGAUGAUGCUGAGCCGGACUGGGCUUCGGUACGCGGGUCGCUGGAGCAGGCUCCUGAGGAGCGGAGCGGCGUUUUUGCACGAUACCUGCUGAGGUGGCUGGAUCCAUACGUUACGCUUGCGUGGAGGGAGCGGCUGGAGGAGGCGUACGUGCCUCCGCCGCAGCGUGCGCACCGGGCCGUGUGCUGUGGCGCACUGCUGAGCCGCGCGUUUCGCGAGGAAGAAGUUCGUAGGGGCCGGGACGCGUGGCGUUCGCGCGUGGAAACUGCGUUGCCAGUGCGGUGUGGAGACCGCAAUGACCCUGCGGGUGAAAGUGAUGUUGGUGGCGGCGGCCACCACGGCCGAUGGGUUGGCGCGCGUGUGGGUGUUGGGAAUGAGCUGUCACGUGUUGCAUUCCGGGGGGAGGAGGGUGUCCACGGGCGGCUGCGGUGGGUGGGAUACGUGCGGUCGAGUGACACACCGCACACGCUUGUGUGCGGUGUGGAGUGGGACGCUGACAGUGCGCUUCCGCUGUAUCGUGUGCGUGCGGCUGGUGAUGCGGCUGCGGAGGUGGUGCACGACGGGUGUGUGCACGGCGAGCGUCUGUUUUAUCAGGUUCAGGAUGGGCGGGCGCGGUGCACGUGCGAGUACGUGCAGGAUCUGGUGCCGGUUUCGGUGGGUGGAAUUGCAGAUACGAGGCGCCCACGUAUGCCUCACGCUCCGUCGCUGCUCCGGGCGCUACUCCACACGUUUCGCUCCGAUCUAAUGGCGAUGCUGCCACCUUCGAUUGCCGGUAUGAUAUGUGAGGUGUCUACACCGUGGUUGCUGCAGCAGUUUGUGGUGUUCCUGCAGUCGAGCAAGGAGCGCGAGGGUGUGAGGACGGGGUUGCUCUUCUUCUCGAUCUUUGUGAUCGUGAAGCUGGCACAGCCAGCUUUGAUGAACAAGGAGAUGCACCGCAGUCGGCGUGUUUCGAGCCUUUUCCGCACCUCGACACUUGCCCUGAUUUUUGAAAAGUGUCUGACCGUGUCGCCGGAUGCGCUGUCGCGGCCGGACAUGAGCACAGGCCGUGUGCUAACGAUGGCGAGCUCUGACGUUGAGAACAUCAAGGAAUUUCCCACGCGGGUGAUGUUCCUGUGGAUGGCGCCGACUAUGCUGACGCUGUACGUUGCCUACCUCUUCAUUCUCGUGGGACCGAGCGCCCUGGCUGCUGUCCUGGUUUUUGCUGCUUCACUGCCUGUACAAGGGGGUCUAACGAAUGCCAUAGGCGGUGCACAAGAGAGCCUGUCGAGCUGCACGGAUCAGCGCCUGCGUCUCACGAAUGAGCUGCUCUCCGGCAUCCGUGUCGUGAAGACGAUGGGUUGGGAGUCGAAGUUUGUCUCGGCGAUCGAAGAUAACGCACGGGCCGACGAGUUGCGGUUUCGACGAAGACUGCAGAUAUGUCAGGUCGGACUGUGGUCAUGCGUGUUCUCCACUCCGACGUUCAUGAUCGCCGCUGUUCUCACCACCUACACCCUCAGCGGACACAAGCUUGACGCAUCGGUGGUGUUCCCUCUAAUUGCAAUUGUCAGUGCUAUAACCUUCCCUGUAAUGAUGCUUCCCGAGGCCUUCGCGUCGCUGGCGAAGUUCAUUGUGUCGACGGGGCGCGUCACGCAGUUCUUGGAGUGCGACGACUCGCACAUCAUUGUGGAGCACGCGGAGCGCAUGUUCAACAGCGCAGGGAGUGGCGGCGCUGCUUCCAUGGACGCACCGCUGCCGAGUGCCGCUUCGGCCGACGUUGCAAGGGUGCUUGUGUCAGUGCCGGCUGCGCUUCCCGUGUACGAGCCGCGACACGUGGGGCUGCGCCGCGUGGCGCAGAGGGUACUGUGUGCGGCGCUGCGCCGCCGCGUGCCGGUGGAGCUGCAGUGGCGGAGGGCGGCUGUAUCCCCUGCCACGGGUGAAGGCGGUAGGGAGCCUGUGGGUGCUGCUGUGGGGCAAGGUGAUGACGGUCCGGCUGUUGCGGGUGGUGAGGACGGGCGCGGCAGUGAUGGUGGCGGUGCGCUGUACGCGAUGGUGGACAGGCCUCUCCUGCACGAUGUGUGCGUGUCGUUCCCGCGCGCGCAGUUGACAGUGGUGGUUGGCGCAACGGGGAGCGGGAAGUCUGUGCUGUUGGCGACGCUUCUGGGUGCGUUCCGGUUCGAGGGGCAUGUGGGCGUAGCGCGGUCGGUGGCGUACGUCCCGCAGCAGCCGUGGAUCAUGCAGGCGACGUUAGAGGCGAACAUCACGUUCUUCGAGGGCGAUCGGCGCGGCGCUGCUGGCUGCGCGGCGAACGAUGGUUAUAGCGGCUCUGCGCAGGCGUUCUCGCCUCUGCGGUGCGCUGAGCAAGCUGCUGGUGCUGCUGCUGUGUCACGGUGCUUCGGCUGCGGCCUUGGCACGGUGAGGGAGCGUCUUGCGCGCGCUGUGCGGAGCUGCCAGCUGGAUGUUGAUAUGGCACUGAUGGCGGGCGGGCUGGGGACAGAGAUCGGCGAGCGCGGCAUCAACCUGAGCGGUGGGCAGAAGGCGCGCGUGACCCUUGCGCGCGCCGUAUAUGCGGACCGCGACGUGUACCUGCUGGACGACCCGCUGUCGGCGCUGGACGUACACGUUGGGCGGCGCGUGAUGGAGGAGGUUGUGCUGCGCGAGCUGGCGGGCAAGACGCGCGUGCUAGUGACGCACCAGCUGCAGGUUCUGCCGCACGCGGACCAGGUGGUGGUGAUGCGCGAGGGCUGCGCUGUGUUUGCGGGCAGCUAUGCUGCGUACGCUGUGUCGGAGUGGAGGGCGUACGUGGAGAACGAGGAGGCCGCCGCCGCGAGCAAGAAGGGCGGGUGUGGCGCUGGCCAGCCACCUGGGACAACUGGUGGUGAUGUUGAGGCGAAGUGCGCCGAGGUCAGUUCUACGUGCUCGUCGGCGGUGAGCGUGGCGUCCUGUGGUGGCAUACGUGAGGAGUGUGACCGUGUUCGGUGUGGCGGUGCCGAUGGCUGUGCUAGCACAGAGGACGUUGAAUGGGGGAAGAAGGACGGGAGCACUUUGUCCAGCAUGCAGCGGCACGGCUCACGGGUCAGUGAGAACUCAGAGGCGGAGGGCGGCAACGAGAGGGACUCUACGGUAUGUGAAGGUGUAGGCCUCACGAGCAGCUCUAAGGCCGCGCCGUGCACGGUGAAAGGCCCAUCUGGGCUGGUCACUGAUGAGGACGCAGCGGACGGCGGCGGCCUGAUGACGGCGGAGGAGAAGGAGAUAGGGCACACACCGUGGAGCGUGUACCGCGCCUACGUUGAGGCGGGCGGGGGCAUAUCUGCCGCAAGCCAAGUUGUGCUGCGCUACUUCGUUUGCGAAGCGCUCUCGACAGGCUCCAGCGUUUGGCUGACGCUGUGGUCAGUGAACUACUUUGGCUCUGCGCUCUCUACGCACAAACAGCUUGGCGUGUAUCUUGGACUUGUCCUUGUGGUUGCUGCCACCGUUUCUGCCAACGACCUGUUUAUUUUUCAGUUCGCCCGCCGAGCUGCCCGCCGCUUGCACGCCACCCUCCUGUACACGGUGAGCUCAGCCACGCUGGAGUUUUUUGACCGCACACCGCUGGGUCGCAUUGUCAACCGGUUCAGCAGGGACAUAUACGUCCUCGACGAUGAGCUGCCGGCGAACGUGAUUCCCUUUUUGGGCAUUGCGGGAUACGUUAUGACGUCUUUAGCAGUGACGCUGUACACGUCACCGCUUAGCAUGGUCAUGAUGCUGCUAGCGACUUACGCUUUUGUGCGCCUGCUGAAGUUCUACGCGACAGUGGUGCGUGAGGUGCGGCGGCGCAGCAGUGUGGUGCAGUCUCCGCUGCUCUCGCUGCUGGAGGAGGUGAUGCACGGGCGUGCGACGAUCGCGGCAUACGACAAGUCGCACGUGCUGUUCGCCGAGGCGCUGCUACGGCUGGACCUUGUGUACAGCUGCACGUACGUGGAGAAGGUUGUGACGUUGUGGCUCGCUCUCCGAAUCGAGUACAUUGCGGCAUUGCUCAUUAUUGCGGUGGGGCUGAUCGGCGUUGUGGAGAAGCUAGUCGAAGCAUCGCCGGCGAUGCCGGAGGCGCGUGUGGGCCUGAUCUCGCUGAGCCUCACCAUGUGCCUCGAUCUCAGCUGGUCGCUAUCUGCACUCCUAGACCUCGCUGCCGUUGUCGAGGCGAGCAUGAACAGUGUGCAGCGCGUUUGCCACUACAUUGACCGCGUGCCUCAGGAAGCGCUGUUCCUGGAGCCGCGAGACGCAUAUGUGGCGCGCGCUAUGGCAGCGAGUGGCGGCGGCGGCAGGGGAGGAAGCGGGAGCUCUACAAGAGCGAGUGACAUCGUCGUGGUUGCCAGUGGUGCUGACGAGGAGGGCGCGUCUGCGUGGCAGGGUGCUGCUGCGAGGAGCGGCGCCGGCGACGAGUUUGGCGCGCUGAAGCUGGAGCACGUGGACCUGCGGUACAGGCCUGGGCUGCCGCUGGUGCUGCGCGAUGUGAGCUUUGCGAUUGCCCCUGGGCAGAAGGUGGGCGUUGUGGGGCGCACCGGCAGCGGGAAGUCGACGCUGCUGCUGGCAUUCCUGCGGCUGGUGGAGGUGUGCGGCGGCCGCAUGCUUGUGUGCGGACGCGACGCGCGGACGUACACGCUUCCCGCGCUGCGGCGGCUGUUCGCCAUGAUCCCGCAGGAUCCCGUGCUGUUCGACGGGACGAUCCGCAGCAACGUGGAUCCGUUCGGCGACGCGACGGACGAGGAGGUGCGUGCCGCGCUGGUGUCUGUGGGGUUUGUGGGUGUGGGUGGCAGCUCAGCUACCUCUCCUACAGCUGCUGGACUGCCGAGUGCUGCGUCUGGCAGCAUGUCUGCACUGGACACUGUGGUGCAGGGGGGCGGGUCGAACUUCAGUGUUGGGCAGCGCCAGCUGCUAUGCCUAGCGCGCGCGCUGCUGAAGAAGGGGUGUGCAUUCAUCCUGAUGGACGAGGCGACGGCGAACGUGGACGCACAGCUGGACCAGGCGGUGCAGCGUAUUGUGGCGGAGCAGUUUGGCGCGUACACGGUAGUGACGAUCGCGCACCGGCUGUACACGGUGGCGGCGUACGACGUUGUGCUUGUGAUGGCGCGCGGGCGUGUGGUGGAGAUGGGGCAGCCGCGGGCGCUGCUGGAGCGUCGCGACUCCGUGCUCUACGGUAUGGUGGCGCAGAGCGCAGCGGUGGCUGGUUCCCGUGAGGGCUUGUCGCGGGAGGAUGCUGAGGAUGCGGUCGGUGGUGCGCUUUCGCGUGGCGUCGGUGCCGGAGGAGCUGAGCUGAGCGCGGCAGGGCGCGAAUACCGCGUGGCGGCCGCCGUCGCGUCGCUCCUGCGUCAGUGCAAGUGA